UGGUCCGGGAAAGCUGCGUAUCAGAGAUUGGAUUUCGGUACAAAUAGUGUGCGGUGAUGAUGUAACAACAAAAUCCUGAGAAUAUUGAAAAAUUCAUUUUUGAGAUUUAUUUAUUUAAUUUUUUUUUGUUAAGUUUUUAAUUUUAUCAUUUUUUUGUAUUAGUUUUUUUUUAACUUUUAAUUUAUUAAAGUUAAAUAAAAAAAAUAAUAAAUAAAUAAAAAAGAUAAAAUAAAAAAUCUUUGCGGUUGCGUUGCGGUGUUGAAGGAAUAAAAAUUGGAUUUCGGUUUUGCACCUCCUCCUCUCGGGCGGACAAGUGCAGUGCAGGCAUCAGGCAGCUUCAAGGUGCGUUUUCCCUUGAACUUGGCAUCACGUUGUUGGGUCUUUUCGGUUUGUUGGUUUGUUGGUUUGUCUCGGUGGUGAACAAUCUUUUAUCUGUUUUCGUUUUUUUUUUUUUUUUGUUAUUUUUUUGGCAAAAAUUUCGUCAAAGUCAAAGGCCGAAAGAGGCAAUUUAGGGCAGGGAAGUUGUUGGGUUUUUGUGGUGGAACGAAUAGUGUUGGUUACGACGAUUUUUUGAUGUGUUUUAUUUUUUCGGUAAAAUAAAUAAAAAAAUUGAAAAUAUAAACUGAUAGCGUCAACAAGCAACGAGUUUACAUAUAAAAAAAAGAGUUAAUUUGUUGUUAAAAGGAUUACAUAAAAAAAGUUUAAUCAACGUCGUAUACUGGUCGAUGACGUUCAAAGAGUGAUUAGUUGAAUUUCCCUGUUUUGUGUUUUGUACAGAUACAUACCCGAUACCUUAAAUCGAUUUGUUAUUUUAUAUUUGUGUUUUUGUUUGUAAGAGCAUUUUUAUUGUUGGCCAGUGAUAAGGAAUUAUUACUCAUUCAUCAUCAAUCGUGAUAAGGUGGGAAUUAAAGCACUUUUACACCGGACGGACACAAAACACACAGGUGGCGAGUUAUCCAAUUUUAUUGACAAUCUUUUUUCGCACAUGCAUAGAGCACCAAUAUUUUCAAUAUUAGCCGGAAAUGACAAAGAAUAAACAGCAAAAACAUAAAAAACAACAACAACAAGUCGAUGAAGAAGAACAACGAGAACAAUUACAAAAUGUCUAUAUUGAUACAACGGUGCCGUCAUCAGAAAUGCAAAAAAGCACAAAAAAAUCAAAAACAAAAUCAAAAUCAAAACCUCCACCACCACCUCCAACUCCACCACCAAAGUCGGAAGAAAAGAAAACUAAACCAAAAAAGAAUCGAAGACGUGAUAAGAGCGACCUUGGGGAGAGUUUUGUUGCUCCCGAUGGAGGAUGGGCAUGGGUAGUAUGCAUUGCUGCUGGACUGUCAAAUCUGUGUAUCUUUCCAUCGCUACAACAAUUUGGCUUUAUCUUUCGCGAAAGACUGACCGAACUUGGCAUGUCAAGUUCCCAGAUCACAACUAUCAUCAACACCCAACCGGCGAUCUCAGCUUGCACAGGCCUCCUAAACGGUCCAAUGUUUAGACGAUUCUCAUUCCGACAAGUGGCAAUAGCAGGAGCUCUGUUUAAUUUUGUCGGUCUUUUGCUGACAGCUUUUUCAGAUACCUUCCUAAAAUACAUGAUAACUUAUGCACUAUGUUUUGGCUUUGGAAUGGGUAUCAGUGUAUCAGCAUCAUCGUUAGCCAUUAACACCUACUUCAAAAACAAACGCCGUAAGGCAGCAGGUUUCUCAUGGACCCUAACCGGUCUCGGACCGAUAUUUCUUCCAUAUGCGGUAACCUUCUUACUCUCGACCUAUGGGGUCCAAGGAACUGUGAUAAUAUUUGCUUCCAUAUCACUACAUUCAUUAGUUUGUGCCAUGGUCUAUCAGCCAGUUAUGAAUCAUGUUAGACCAAUUCCAACAACUCAGGUCAAUGGUGAGCUUAUACCAUCUCCUGAUUCGGAUUAUCUGUGCAAAUACUGCGAAAUGAAUCGGCUUAAAAAUACAGGAAUCUUUUCUAGUCAAUACCUUUAUAGCGAAGAUGACAAAGAGAAGCCAGGAUACGAGAUCAUUGAUCCUGGAACUCCAAUGUUAUCGCGGGCUAACGAUGGUUGGUUUGGAUCGAAGAUUUCUUUGGCUCCUAUUAAACCCCAAUUACGCUUCCGAACCGUGUCAAGUUGUAAGGAUAUCGAAACAGGCUUUCAUUUGAGACAUGUGAUCACUGAAGAGGAGGAGUACCCGCAAUUUGAACCUACAAAUCCGUUUUAUCGACCGAACAAUUUCAGCCGUGAACGGGAAGAGGUUAAACUUUCUGCUAGCCGAAAUAACUUGUAUAUUCGAGCAGAUUCUUUGAGCUACCUUCGUUGUACCUGUGCUGAGGAGAAGGCUUUGCUUGAGCUUCCUCGGGGAAUGACAACAUUGGCAUUGGCCGUUGAAAAACAGCGAGAGGCUGAGCCUCCAACUCCGCCACCGUCCGAAGAUCCGUCCUCGGUGACGUUUAUGCAAAAGCUUGUGACGUUCUUCGACUUGGACCUCCUGCGAGAUUUCACAUUCGUCAAUCUUGUAGCCGGACUGACCAUAAUCAAUUUCGGAGAGAUUAACUUUUCGAUCUUGACACCGUUUAUAUUGAACGAUUUCGGCUUUACCACUGCACAAAUAUCACUGGCAAUGUCUGUGCUAGGGGGAGUGGAUAUAACCGUAAGGUUUCUGGUACCGUUUUUGACGGAAAAAAUCGAUUGGGAUAAUAGGGUGUUUUUCCUGAUCGGAGUGGUGGGUAUUGCACUCGGACGGACUGUAGUGGCGUCUUCCAGAUCGUAUUCGGUCAUUUUGUGUUGUUUUGUUUGGAUUGGAAUGUGUAAGGGCUUGAGGACGAUAUUUUGGCCUCUAAUUAUACCGGGAUAUGUUCCAUUGAAGAGAUUGCCGGGAGCUUCGGGGCUGCAGCUACUCAUAUCAGGGGUGUUUACUUUGGCUUGUGGACCGCUGGUCGGUCUUAUUCGAGAUCGUUAUGAUUUUUCCGUUACAUUACAUUGUUUGAAUUCGUUAACGUUCAUUGCUGCCACGUCGUGGUCAACGGAAGCACUAAUUCGAUAUUUACGUCGUAGAAAGAAAUUAAUGCAGUGUGUCAAGACUUAGAUCGUAUAUAUCGUAUUAUAAUAUCGUAGUAUGUAGAAUUUUCUAUAUAGAAUUGGUUUGUGUAUUAGAUCAAAAAAUGAUAAUAUGGGUAAAUGAAUUAGCUAACCUACAGUAGUGCCCAUAAUUUAUUGAACUUAAUGCUUGCUUUGUUUUUACAAAAAAAAAUAA